AUGGCUACACAUAAUAAUUCAACAGGGAAAUGUCCACCUCCAAUGAAGGCUACCUCGGAUGGUUCCUUCCAAGGAGACUAUCCUCUUGACUACUCACUUCCCCUCAUUAUCGUACAGAUAUGUCUGGUGGUUGCACUCACUCGAUGCCUUAAUUAUCUUCUCCGCCCACUCAGACAACCUCGUGUGGUUGCUGAGAUUGUUGGAGGGAUUUUACUGGGUCCGUCUGCAUUAGGGCGCAGCAAAACUUUUCUGAAUGCUGUAUUUCCAGCGAAAAGUCUGACGGUUUUAGACACGUUGGCGAAUUUGGGUCUUCUGUUCUUUCUGUUCUUGGUGGGGUUAGAGCUUGAUCUGAAUUCCUUGAAGAGAACAGGGAAGAAAGCUCUGGCGAUUGCGCUUGCGGGGAUUUGUCUCCCGUUUGUGUUGGGGAUAGGGACGUCUUUUGUGCUCCGAGCGACUAUAUCUAAAGGGGUGAGCCAGGGGCCUUUUCUGGUGUUCAUGGGGGUGGCGCUUUCCAUUACGGCCUUCCCGGUUUUGGCCCGAAUUCUGGCGGAACUGAAGCUUUUAACCACCGAUGUUGGGAAGAUGGCGAUGUCUGCCGCGGCGGUUAACGAUUUGGUGGCUUGGGUUCUGCUGGCUUUGGCGGUGGCGCUGUCGGGGACGGGGAAAUCGCCGCUGGUUUCCGUUUGGGUGAUGCUGAGCGCCAGCGCGUUCUUGCUGCUGUGCACGGUGAUUGCGCCGCCGAUUUUCCGGUGGAUGGGGAAGCGGUGCUCGGAGGGGGAGCCGGUGGACGAGCUGUACGUGUGCGCGACGCUGGCGGCGGUGUUGGCGGCGGGUUUCGUGACGGAUACGAUUGGGAUUCAUGCGUUGUUUGGGGCUUUUGUGUUGGGGGUUUUGGUGCCUCAUGAGGGGCCCUUCUCUGGGGCUUUGGUGGAGAAAGUGGAGGACUUGGUGUCGGGGCUAUUGUUGCCUUUGUACUUUGCGUCUAGUGGGUUGAAGACCAAUGUGGCCACCAUUCAAGGCGCGCAGUCUUGGGGCCUUCUGGUUUUGGUCACUUUCACUUCUUGUUUUGGAAAGAUUGUGGGCACUAUUUUGGUGGCAAUCUUGUGCAAAGUGCCUGUUCAGGAGGCUACCACUAUCGGUUUCUUGAUGAACACCAAAGGGCUAGUGGAGCUCAUUGUCCUCAACAUUGGCAAGGACAGAGGGGUAUUGAAUGACCAAACAUUUGCAAUUAUGGUAUUGAUGGCGGUGUUCACAACGUUCAUCACAACCCCAAUGGUGAUAGCGGUGUACAAGCCAGCAAAACUGGCGACACAGGAAUACAAAUACAGAAUGAUAGAGAGGAAGGACGCGAGCAAGCAGCUCCGCCUGCUGUGCUGUUUCCACAGCACCCGAAACAUCCCAUCGCUCAUCAACCUGAUCGAGGCCUCUCGGGGCACCCAGAAGAGGGAAGGCCUCCGGGUCUACGCUAUGCAUCUGAUGCAGCUCUCCGAGAGGUCCUCCGCGAUCCUCAUGUGCCACAAGGCCCGAAAGAACGGCCUCCCCUUGUGGAAGAAGGGCGAGAGCGUCGAUUCGGACCAUGUUGUUGUUGCUUUCGAGACGUUCGAGCAUCUCAGCAAGGUGGUUAUUCGACCCACCAUUGCGAUCUCCCCGAUUAGCAGCAUGCACGAGGACGUGAUUUCCGGGGCGGAGCGGAAACGGGUCGCCAUGAUUCUCCUCCCAUUCCAUAAACACCAGAGGUUCAGCGGGCAUCUGGAGACCUCCCGGACCGAGCUCAUGCAUGUGAAUCGGCGCGUGCUGGAGCACGCGCCCUGCUCGGUCGGCAUCUUCGUCGACCGGGGGCUAGGCGGGACGGCCCACGUGUCCGCCAGCAACGUUGACUACCAAAUCACGGUGCUAUUCUUCGGCGGCCAUGACGACCGUGAGGCUCUCUCGUACGGCGUCCGAAUGGCGGAGCACCCGGGGAUCUGCUUGACCGUGGUCCGUUUCAUCCUCGACCCCGCCGUCGCCGGGAAGAUGGUGAGCUCCAGCACCGACCCGGGGAAGCCUAUCAUCGAGGACAAAUCGGACGACCAAACCUUCCUCGCGGAUUUCAGGGUCUCCAACUCCAAAAACGAGUCGGUGAAGUUCGAGGAGAAGAAAGCCAAAGACGCCGCGGAGACGACGGAGGUGAUCAAAGGUCACAGCCGAUGCAACAUGUUCGUGGUGGGUCGGCACCCGGAGGGGGAAUUGGCCGGAAUGUUGAGCACGAAAAGUGAGUGCCCGGAGUUGGGGUCGGUCGGGAGCUUAUUGACAUUCCCGGACUUCUCUGUUUCGGCAUCGGUACUGAUCGUGCAGCAGUAUCGCAGAAAUUUAUCGAAAAAUUCCCAAAAAGAAGAAGGCUCCGGAAAAGAGAAACAAGAAGAAGAAUCCGUUUGA